GUUCUCUUGUUUUCUCCCAAAUCACACAAAACACAUUGCAUGGAAUCUCUCUAUCUGUUUCCAAUAUAGUGGUUCAGAUUUAAAUAGCUCAUAAUUUUGAUUGAGAUACGAAUUAAGGUAACGUCCUAUACCAUUGGUUUUUUUUUGUGUUUCUCAAUAAAGAAUGAAUAAAAAAAUUCACAAACACGAGAUUUCAUCUUAAUUAAGCGAUUUUCAAAAUCAAUUUUUGAACACAAAAAACAGAAAACGAAAUCAGAAAUUUAUCACAAAUAAUUUUUUUUUAUUAUUUAUUUUUGUAUGAUCAAUUGAUUGUAGGCACAAAUGGAACUAUUCCAAAAGGCAAUUUCAGUUAAACUAAGCCACAACGACAAGUACCUGGUAGCAGAGGACGACCAAGAAUCUGUGUGCCAAGACCGCGACGGUUCAUCAAAAAUCAAUUCAAUUUGGGUGGUCGAGUUGGCCGACGGAGGGGAUUUCUUACGAUUCAAGAGCUGUCACGGAAAGUACCUCACCGCCUCUAACGUCCCAUUCCUUCCCGGCUCGAGCGGUCGCAAGGUCCUCCAAACCAUUCCCAAAAAACAUGAUUGUUCCUCCAUCGAAUGGGAACCGAUUAGAGACGGUUUCUCGGUGCGAUUCAAGACGCGUUGCGGCCACUUCCUCCGCCCCAACGGCGGUCUUCCGCCGUGGAGAAACUCCGUGACUCACGACAUUCCUCACCGGAUGGGGACUCAAGAGAAGGUUCUGUGGGACAUUGAGAUUGUGGAGUCUCUUGGAAAAACAAACUCGCCGUUGCCAUCGCUGUCGCCGAAACCCCACCCUACUACGCUGGCCUUUCCGACUCAGAGGGAGCCGCCGAUCCUUGCACUUCCGCCGCUCAAAUUCAAGGUGAAGCAUUGGUUCGUUGCGUUUCCUCAUUCCUCGUCAUGAUGAUAUGAGUUAAUGGAUUGGGGCUUGAUUUUUUUGUGUAUAUGGUGAGUAAUGGAGAUUUUUGUUAGAGAGCAUCUGCAUCCAGAAAUUAUCAUACGGGUCACGAAGAUUUCAUAUAAUUGAUGAGGCAGGCUGUUAACAUGAUUUUUUUAAAAGACAAUACAAUUAGCCGUGAAUGUCAGAUUGUCCAGUAAAAUGUUAUAAUCAAGAGUUUCAUUCAUGUGUUGGUUUGUUGGUGAAGAACUUGCUUUGCUACAUGUUCAGGUGACCACAUAUUUUGUUUUACUUUUUCCUAUUUUCAAAAACAGAAACAAUGAAGCGCUC